AUGUCAGAAAUAAACGAAAAAAAAAAAAAGGAAAGAUUUUACGGUACAAUAUUCUUAAGUGGAAUAGCAGGAAUUUCUGCUAUGGCUGGACAAGAUACCAAGAGUUUUGAUAUUGGAUUUAUGGGAGGAAAAGGACUUCCUGAGUCUGGGGCUGCACUUGCUACAAGAGCUUUGUUUUGGGGUUCUGUAUGGGCAGUUAGUGGUUGUGGAAUCCUUUUUUAUGGAAUUUGGAAGCUUUCUGGUGCUACAACUGCUGAAGAAUUUCGACUAAAAGUUGGAAACCUUCUACCAAGAAUACCAAAAAAUGAUCCCCCUCAAAGUAGAACUGAAUUUGAAAACCUUACCGAUUUAUUAAAAUAUGUUUCUGAAGAAUGGGGUAUUAAAAAAUAA